AUGCAGAGCCCCGCAUCAGCAGAGGAGCGGUGCCCCAGAAAGAGGCGGGGUCCUCAUAGAGCGGCGUUCCGACGGAACAUGGACGAUCUGCCUCCUCUUGAAGUAGUGUUGAAGUGUAUUCCGGCGGCCAAUCGCUGUCGACUGGACGAGAAGCUGGAAAACAGGAGAAGCCGAGUUAAGAUCGCCAAAAGCAUCGGGAACUGGAAGAUUCUUGCCCGGUUCCUCCCCAACAUAAAAAACGACAUAGACGGCAUCGAAUACGACAAUCGUAACCUUGAGUUGCAGAAGAUAGCUCUGUUGGACAAGUGGCUGGAGAGAAACGGACCCUGGGCCACCUAUCGCAAGCUGGCAGAGUGUCUGUAUGAGGCAGGGGCCAUAGAGACACUACAGGUGCUGUGCGAGGAGCUGGGUGGAAACUUUGCAGCCAUGAAUGCACCGCCUCCUAAUCCACCACCCCUUAAUCCACCCCAGACUUCACCUCAGUCUUCAACUUCUAAUCUCCGAUGCUCUCGUCAACUUCCUCCGCCGACAAAAAGGGACCUGGUUCAGCUAGUCAGAGUCGACAACCCAUACAAUCUGGGGCUGAAUCUAAAUUUGAAUGAGAGCUAUCUGAAUAUAGUUCAAAAGGACCAUCCCACGGACCACGACGCUCAGCUCUCUGACGUGUUCACCCUCUACCUCCAACAGACCGAGGAGCCCUCCUGGCUGCAGGUGGUGGCAGCUCUGCGUGCCAUGGGAGAGAAACGCCUUGCAAGGACCAUCAUGGAGAAGUUUGGAACCCAGGAAACAAAUCCUUCCCCUCCACCCACUAGUCCACCAGAUGAUACUAACUCUGAGAAACGACCGAGAAAUGAUGGGGUGGUUCAGGAUGAUUCUCCGCCAACUGACACUACUCUGAGGCAUCGGCUAGGUGUCUCUGGUCUAGGAAAUGUGCGGAAACUCGACGAGAGAAGUAGCACCACGGGGCAGGAAACCAGCAAGCGAACUAGACCUUCCAGCUCGUUGGUCGACGCCGGAUCCAUCAAGAAGUACGUCAGAGCUACAGCUGCGCCAGUGGCAGAGUCGGCCGACACGAUGUCUUCGGGCGCAAACUUCCACUCCAUAAAGGUCGGGGACACUAUGUUCACCGUGCUGAAUCGCUACACGGACCUGGCCAACAUCGGCAGUGGCGCUCAAGGGGUAGUGUGUUCUGCACUGGACAAUCAAACGGGAGAGAAAGUGGCAAUCAAGAAACUCGUCAAACCAUUCCAGAACGAGACGUAUGCCAAAAGAGCCUUUCGAGAGCUCCGUCUGAUGAAGAUGGUCCACCACAAGAAUAUCAUAGGGCUACUGAAUCUGUUCACUCCAGCCUCUAGUAUCGAAGAUUUCCAAGAUGUGUGAGUCAUAUCCCAUCAUAUUGACACACACUUUGAUGAUGUGUCCACCACACUGUACUGUACCAUUUGUAACCUGGAUAUCCGCCGUGCAAUGAGAUUCCAAAUGCGCUCUCCCAGUCUCAUAAACCUGACUGUAUUCUUUCCUUCGUGUCCUGGGUGUCGUUGACUAGUUUGUUGUGCCUUGCUUUUCUAGUUUUUACACGUGCGAUAACGUGGACGGGGCAAGGAAUAGGGCUAGUGCUUUCCAUGUCUGUUUUAGUAUGCGUAUUAUGCAGUGUUCUCUGUCCCUGUUUUCCACCCUCCCCCCUUUCCCUCUCACCUCAGCUACAUAGUCAUGCAGCUGAUGGAUGCAAACUUGUGUCGUGUCAUUGGUAUAGAGUUGGACCACGACCGCAUGUCUUACCUCCUCUACCAGCUGCUCUGUGGAAUCAAGCACCUGCACAUUGCUGGAAUCAUCCACAGAGAUCUGAAACCUAGCAAUAUUGUGGUAAAAGAGGACUGCUCACUCAAGAUCCUGGACUUUGGGCUUGCACGAACGGCCGACCAGAUGUUUCAGAUGACGCCGUAUGUAGUGACUCGUUAUUACAGAGCCCCCGAGGUUAUUGUGGGAAUGAAAUACAAGGAAAAUGUGGAUAUCUGGGCCGUUGGCUGCAUAUUUGCAGAGAUGGUGAGAGGAGAGAUCCUCCUGCAGGGCAGAGACUACAUAGACCAGUGGAACAAGGUGUGUCAGGUGCUGGGCACUCCUCCUAAAGAGUUCUUCAGACAACUACAGCCCUCGGUUCGGAUGUACUGUGAGACUCAGCAGAGGUUUCCGGGGAAGACAUGGCUGGAGCUGUUUCCCGAUGACUCCUUCCCCAAUGAGACCCCAGAGGACAAGAUCAGGAUCAAGCAAGGUCGGGACCUCCUCUCCAAGAUGCUCCAGAUUGAUCCAUCCAAGAGGAUCACAGUAGACGGAGCUCUCAACCAUCCCUACGUCAACAUCUGGUUCGACCCCUCCGAAGUCAACGCGCCUCCUCCACAGCAGUAUGACCACUCCAUGGAUGAGAAGAAUGUGUCCCUAGCGGAAUGGAAGAAGUACAUCUACGAGGAGGUCAUAUCCUAUGUCCCCAGAGCUCCUGCUACCUGACACUGACUCUACUGCUGCUGCUACAAUAGUACAACUUUACACUGACUCUUGUGUUGACCCAGUGGGCUCGACUAUGUAGCCCCUCCCAUGGGUUUUUAACUAGAAAUUUCUCAUUUUCUCAGCUUCAUAUUUUCUGGUAUUUUUGUGCGGUUUCACUCACCCUCUGACUUUAUUUUCUUUUACAACCAGCUGUAUAAUAAUUGUGCAGUAAUUAGUGUUUUGCAGUCUUUUACUUGC